AUGUGGGAGUCACUCAUGCUACAGGAAAGCCAUUACUACAAGGACAUCCUACUUUGGGAUUUUCUUGAUACUUUCUUUAACUUAACACUGAAAGAGAUUCACUUUCUUAACUGGGCAGAACAAUUCUGCAGCAACGUUAAGUUUGUAUUCAAAGGAGACACUGAUGUUUUUGUCAAUGUAGAGAAUCUGAUUAGUUACUCACAGACUCGAGAUCCUUCCACGGACUUGUUUGUUGGUGAUAUUAUAAAUCAUGCUAAGCCCAUACGAUCAAAGAAGAGUAAAUACUUCAUACCAGAGACGAUGUAUGGGUUAGGCAUGUACCCUGCUUAUGCGGGUGGGGGAGGAUUCCUAAUGUCAGGCGUGACCAUGAAGAAACUCUCUAAAUCCUGCAAGGAGGUGGAGCUCUUCCCAAUAGAUGAUGUCUUUCUUGGCAUGUGCUUACAGAGAGUUAACAUCACGCCGGUGCUACACGAAGGGUUUAAAACUUUUGGAAUUACCAAACCCUCAGCAGCCCCCCAUCUGCAAACAUUUGAUCCUUGCUUCUACCGGGACUUGAUGGUGGUACAUAGCUUGAAGGCUGCAGAGAUCUGGCUUAUGUGGAAUCUACUCCACAGUCAACAACCACCAUGUUCUCAGAGACAGCGGAUAAAGAAACUUUUUCAUUGGAAAAAAAAUAAGGCAAAGCAAGCAAUAAAAGCAGUUACAAACCAAAGAAUGAGCACUGCUGUCUCAGAUACAGGCUCAUAG